AUGGCAAUAAUUCGGUUGUUGAUGAUUUUCCUUCUGGUAAUAUUUUACCUGAAUCCUAGCGUACUGUUCUCCGAAAGUGAUGAGAAUCAAUCAUCAAAUGAGCUUGACAGUAGAUUUUUAACCUCGAGCGAAGCAGGUGGUUACAUGGCGGAACAGAUUCCGAAUGGAACCUACAGAGGCCCAGAUAUCCCAUCAAACACAAACAUAAGCGGCAACGCUUCAGCUAGUCAACUGCCCACUUCCCAACCAUUUCACUUACGUGACAACAUUAUUGGGAGAAGUAAACUGCAAUACAUCGACUACAAACUAGAAUAUGGAUUACGUUACGAACCAAAAAUUAUCGCAAGCAGGCAUCAGCAACAGCAAGCCGAAACCACAGUUCCAGUAAUGGGAAAUGAAAGCAAUAAGGAAGAAAGCCUGUCUACACCCUCCUCGGACGCCGCGAUAAUCACAAAAAAUGAAACAUUACCAAUCGUUGGUACCAUCACCACACCGUCAUCGGCCACUGCCAACGCAACCGUCACAAGUAAUGUUAUGCGACCACCCACCCGAAUCGCGAAUGCUUUUGCUCUAAUUAGUGAAAAAUUACAAAAACUUUUCCUACAUGGAUCUCGUAUGAACUCAACCGAAUCCCGGGUGAUACAAAAGAACAAAUCUCCGUUAACAUUGCUCAGUGUGUUCGAUAUUAUUAGAUUUGAGAACAGCCCUUGCGUGGCAAAACGUGAUAAUUUAACAACGCUUUAUGGUGUCUGCUUUCAAGAAGUUCAGUGCCAUCAACUGGGUGGUGUGCCAAUGGAUUUGUGCGCAGCGGGUUUUGGUAUCUGUUGUGUUUUUAGGCUAGGGUGCAGCGAGAAGACUGUGCAAAAUAUUACCUACUUCCAAAGCCCCAAUUAUCCGUUGGCAGUUCGCACACGUUUAACAUGCACUUUAUCUGUGGGUCUACGCUGGAACGUACGCCAGGUUUUGUUGGAGUUUAUUUUUUUCGAAAUGGCAGCCCCGGUUAAUGGCAAUUGCGUAGAAGAUCUGCUGAUUAUAUCAGUUCAGAACAGUUAUCGGAAAUAUCCGAUUAUGUGUGGCAUUAACAGUGGACAGCAUGUAUUUCUUCAUAUCGAUAGGCAAUAUUCACAUUUCCUAUAUCUGACUGCUGUAUCUAACUCAGAUCAACCAAAAGCAUUCAACAUACGAAUAAUUCAGCUGUCAACCGAUGAAGCACCUGAAGGAUGUUUACAAUAUUACCACGGUAUAAACGGAUAUAUUAAAUCCUUCAACUAUGACGAUUAUUCUGUGAUAGUCAAACGGCGCAAUCCAAGUUAUUUGAAUAACCUUAACUAUGCUAUCUGUAUCAAACGAGCGGCCAAUUUUUGCAGUACAACCUUUGAAUCCGUGGCAGAGGACGGACAGGCCACUGAGUUUCAACUUACUAACGUCGACGAAGACGGAACCAGCUUGAUUCAACCAAACACGGCCGGUGUGGAAAUUUACAAUUGCCCGGACGAUUUUAUUGCCAUCAACUAUUUACGAUUAUGUGGAGACCGAUUGAACGAUGGUUCUAGUAUCGCCAAUUAUACCCAAAACGCUCCGGUUACAGAUGACAGUCGAGGACCGGUUGUAGUUCCUGUACGAACAAACAACGAGAAGGUAGGACGUGGAUUCAGGAUUAUGUAUCGUCAGAAUGUGUGCAUAAACCGACAAUAA